UAUACAACACACCCCGCCGCUUUUCGAUCUGUCCCUUCGGCCACUUUUUCCCUCUCUGUCUCUCACAUACGUCCUAGUCUGCGUAUCCACCUUCAAUAGCCGCCAUAACGUAUCCUGGAGCGGUUCCCGAUCUAUCGUCAUCUCAAGGCGCGUACCAACCAUCUGUCGCCGGACUCCAGCUGGUCGCGGCCGCGAAUACACUAAUACAACUACCCGCCACACACAUCUAGCACACACAAAACACACUUUAUUCAUACUAAUAGACGGGCCGGAGCUUUGGUAGCUUCAUCCCGAUACUCAUCACAAACAACAUGGUGGAAGGAGAUUCAAACUCCCCCACCUGGAAGUUCACCCAGUGUUUUGGUGACAAGGGUGAUGUUGAGGAUAUCACAGAAGCUGACAUCAUAUCGACUGUCGAGUUCGACCAUACUGGCAAUUAUCUAGCAACAGGAGACAAAGGCGGCCGGGUGGUUUUAUUCGAAAGGAACGAGACGAAAACCUGCGAAUACAAGUUCCAUACAGAAUUCCAGUCGCACGAGCCAGAAUUUGACUACCUUAAAUCCCUCGAGAUAGAAGAAAAGAUCAACAAAAUCAAGUGGUGUCGUCGUCAAAACGCCUCUCACUACCUGCUCUCCACCAACGACAAGACGAUCAAGCUAUGGAAGGUCUUUGAGAAGUCGCUGAAGGUGGUGGCCGAGAACAACCUGUCGCAUGAUCUCACGCCGGGCAGUGUCGCUGGGGUAGGAGGAGGCGCCCCGCGAUCUAUUCCUCAGUCGCACUUCAAGAAUGCCGGGGAGCUGAAACUCCCGCGGCUGACCCACCACGAUACCGUCGUUGCCGCCGUUCCCCGACGUACGUACGCGAACGCCCACGCUUAUCACAUCAACAGCAUAUCCGUCAACAGCGACGGUGAGACCUUCAUUAGCAGUGAUGAUCUGCGCAUUAACCUAUGGAAUCUGAACAUCCAAGAUCAGAGCUUCAACAUUGUUGAUAUCAAACCUGCAAAUAUGGAGGAGUUGACCGAGGUCAUUACUGCUGCCGAGUUCCACCCCAUUAGUUGCAACUGGUUCAUGUACGCAAGCUCAAAGGGCACUAUCAAGCUGGCGGAUAUGCGUGAGAGUGCACUUUGUGAUCAACAUGCGAAGCUUUUCGAGCAGGAAGAGGAUCCCUCAUCGAGGUCGUUCUUCUCCGAGAUUAUUUCUUCUAUUUCAGAUGUGCGAUUCUCAUACGACGGCAGAUACAUCUUAUCUCGAGACUACCUCACAGUCAAGAUUUGGGACGUCAACAUGGAACGCCAACCGGUCAAGACUAUACCAAUCCAUGAACAUCUACGACCUCGGCUCUGUGACACAUAUGAGAACGAUAGCAUCUUUGACAAAUUCGAAGUUGUUUUCUCGGGCGAUGCGAAAAACGUCAUGACCGGAAGCUAUAACAAUAACUUCAUGAUUUAUCCGUCGGACCCCGAGAAAGAAAUUGAGGUUGUCUUACAGGCGGACAAGUCUGCUUUCAAAGCGAAGAAGGUAGGAAUCCCGACGCCUAUCAACUCGUCGACGAGCCCCACAGCGACCAACGGCGGUAAGAAAGGCGGAUCGCGUGCGGGUAGCCCGGCAGCUGGGGCGGGCCAAGGACAGAGAAUGCGAAAAGAGACGGACGCGGAUCAGAUCGACUUCAACAAGAAAAUCCUACAUAUGAGCUGGCACCCUUUCGAGGACAGCAUCGCGAUUGCUGCGACGAAUAACUUGUUCGUCUUCUCGGCUCUCUAAGUGUACGAUGGCGCUCUCCGGUAACGGCCGGACAUUUCGCAGCAUGGUAUAACCUGAUCUGCGGAAGCACGUCCCGGCUCGAAUUUCGGGCAGAGACGUGCGUCAUCAUUGCCAGUGGUCUCCUUGAUACUUGCGCGGUCCCUUGAGACUUAGAUUAUUACUCGUGGUAUCCAUGGCGACGACCUCUGGCUCACUCAACGGAAGCGGACGCCUUUGCAAAUGAGAAAAACGUUGGGUUUAU